CAAGGCUGGGUCGCGCACGCGCCAAGGAAGAGUGCCUGGGAGAGCAGGGUGCACGGACCUGGCCCCGCGCCUCUCCCUCCCCUCUGCACUCUUGUUUUGUUUUUAAUUUGAAAAAUCCUCCUCUUCCUUUCCCCCUCUCCUGCCGCUUCCUCUAUCGCAUUUCUCCACGGAUUCCAUUAGAUCCCGGUCCCGCGUCGCCAGUGGCGAGCGUACUGCAGGGCUCGCGGUUCCUCCAGACUUGGCUCCUCUUGAAUCUCACAGGCAUUUAUUUCCUCCGUGAAGUUUUUACGGACGCUGGCCGGACCAACUCAGAGCUAUAAAUUUCCCUGUGAGCAGUGCCUUAACUGCAUCUCAUAAGUUUUGCCCAUAAUCCCUGUUCUAUCACCCGGCUUAGGAGCUAGAACUUCAGCAGGAACCAGACCCUCAUAUGGUCACUCCUGAACACUUGCCCCUCAUCACCACUCCCUAGAAAAUUAAUUAGAACUCUUCAGAAUGUCAGGUGUAGUCCCUUCAGCCCCUGAGAAGUCUGCAGGUGAAAUGGAAAAUCAAAUAAAGUCAACAGAUCCAACACCUGAUGACCUUCCAGAUUACAAUUCUCAUUUUGUACCAGGACCCCCUGGACCAGCUGUCCCUCCACCUGCAGGCUAUCCAGGAGUCUUGCCUAUGGGAUACUACAGUCCACAGCAGCCCAGCACCUUCCCCUUACAUCAGCCAACUGGUAGUGCCCUUCCUGUCCAGUAUCAGCCUGGCAAAUAUCCCAUGCCACAUCAGUCUGCUCCAGUAAUGUGGAUGCCAGGGCCAGCUCCUAUGCUAAACUGCCCACCUGGUCUGGAGUACUUAACUCAGUUGGACAACAUACAUGUUCUUCAGCAUUUUGAGCCUCUGGAAAUGUAUACAGGCUUUGAAACUAACAAUAGAUACGAUGUUAAAAACAACUCAAACCAGAUGGUUUACAUUGUGAACGAGGACACAGAUGACUUUACCAGGAACGCUUACCGGACGCUAAGGCCCUUUGUCCUGCGGAUCACCGACUACAUGGGUCGGGAAGUCAUGACCAUGCAGAGGCCCUUCAGAUGCUCCUGCUGCUGCUUCUGUUGCCCCUCAGCCAGGCAGGAGCUGGAGGUGCAAUGUCCUCCUGGCGUAACCAUUGGUUUUGUGGCUGAGCACUGGAACCUGUGCAGGGCAGUUUACAGCAUCCAAAACGAGAAGAAAGAGAAUGUGCUGAGAGUACGCGGGCCAUGCUCAACCUAUGGCUGUGGUUCCGAUUCUGUUUUUGAGGUCCAGUCCCUCGAUGGUGUGUCCAACAUCGGCAGCAUCAUUAGGAAGUGGAAUGGUUUGUUGUCAGCAAUGGCAGAUGCUGAUCACUUUGACAUUCACUUCCCAUUAGACCUGGAUGUGAAGAUGAAAGCCAUGGUUUUUGGAGCUUGCUUUCUCAUUGACUUCAUGUAUUUCGAAAGAUCUCCACACAGACGGUCAUCAAGAUAGAUGGGCGCAGCAAAUCAGCAAGUAUGGUUAAUAAAAAAUAUUUUAGAAAUGUUGAAUUGAGCUUAGAGUCAACACUCAGUUUUUUGCAGGUAUAUUUCUCUACUUUGCAGGUCAUUUUUAUUGGGUGCUAGCAUUGACAGGCAGCCUGAGAGUGAGUGCAAGAACAAUCUAUAAGUGUUUUUCAAUUUAGUGUGGGUCUCCUUGGUAGACGAGUGUUCACUCUGAAAAAGCUAUGAACCAUUAACCAUGUAAACAUAGACUCAGUAGGUUUGAAAACACAGUAAACAUGAGAUAAGGGAAAAUGAAAUCCCAGAGCUCUUACAUUAAUUGGUAGUGAAAAGAUUGGCUUUUUAGAACAAUCUUUUUGGGGAUAGUGUCAUGUAGUUUCUAUAUGUAACCUUCUGUUACCUUCCCCUCUCCACAACAUGUCCUCUCACCGAAGGCAAACUUGGUUCCAGAUGAAAAGAAUGAUGCUCUUCAUCAUUAAAAACAAAAAGGAAACAGACAGGAAGAUUAUUUUUCAUUGUGCAAAGACAAUUUUACUUGUGCACAUGAAUCAAAGCCUCAUUCUGCCAAGUUUAUGAAAGUUUCAGUAGGAACUUUGAAUCUGUUACAAAAUAAAACAUGUAUUAUUUUUUAUUAUAAGGUUUAUACUUUCCAUUCUGUAUCACUGACAAUCAAGAGCUUGUCUAUAAAUGAAAACAGGAUCAGGCUUUCAGGCAAAGAGCUGACCUGGGCCACAGUCAAGCAAGAUCUCUGAGCAACUUAGGGACCUUGGUGUCCUUUAAGAAACUCGCAUUUAAUACAUCUAACCUCUCUUGGUCACAGAUGCCUUAGGUAUAAAAUAUGAAGCUUGAUCUAGUCUCUGAGAUUGCCUGUUGAAUCUUUGUAUCUCAUUUGGUGUGAAGCAGAGGAAGAGAUUUUUCUUUUUAAGAAGACCCCUGAUAAUCACCAUGCUUUUCUAAUGACAAGAGUUAGAGAUUUGUUUUCAAAUUUUGGAAUGUAAUAUUUUGUGUUAUUUUCUAAAAGCAGAACUACAAAUUCUGAUGUUGUUUAAUAUUGCUUCACAGCCUUUCAUUUAGAUCAUAGACAAAUCAUUAUCUAUAAAACAGAAAGAAAUCUGUGUCUAAUAAAGCAUAGCAAACAUGCUGCUUUUCUGUAAUCCACAGCUAUCAGUAAAGAUUGUAUAGGAUCAAAUAGCUACAAAGAACUGUAUCAACUGUACUUGUUUGCAUUAACUAAUUCAAAGCAUAGCAUAUAAGUAAGUGUACUCUAAUUAAUUAACUUACCUCUAUUGCACUUUAGUUUCCUAUCUGGACAGCGACUGUAUUAUUUCAACAUAGUCAAUAUGUGGAAUGGAAAUGUAUUCUUCUGCUCUUUAUUAAAUAAAAAAGUCUCAGUGUUCUUAGAUGUGGUUUUCCUGAGAUGGGGGCCUUAGCCCACAGUUGUUUUGAAGUGAAAUAAAGUGCCUUAUUUUGUAAUUGUAUUCAUCCUUUCAUGGUGAAAGUUUUAUUUUGUUUGUUGUAAUGUUAAUUUUUACAUGCUGCUACUAACUGCCACAAAAAUUUAAAAGCUGAUGCUUCUAAACUAAUUCUGCCUUAUAUUUGAAAAUAUAAUUGAUAUCUUAAACAGAUGCAUAUAGUAUUUCCUGUAAUGAUGUAUGGCAUUUUUAUAUAGAAAAUAAGACAAAUAGUAUUUGGAAAGUUUAGCUAUAUGAACUUUUCAUUUUUACUUGCCUACAUUUAAAGACCUGCUGUAUAAUACUAAAUAAAAUUAUAUUUUCACAUAAGGCAUGACAUUUAAAAUUUCUGUUUAAAGUUUUUGUGGUAUUAACACAUAUUUUACAGUUAAAAUUUUCAUUUCGUUAAAAUAAUGUGCCUUAUAUUUUUAUACAAUACUUCAUGUUAUAAUUUCUAUAUUUCUUAAUAGCAUUUCAAUGUGCAGUAUUGAUCAGGUUGAUUAAAAAGCAAACAAGCUACUCUCUGAAAUUGGUGUGUUUUCAUGUGUCAUCAUAUUGUUUUUUGACUUUUAAAUAAAUAUAAUAUUGACUAAUA